AUGAAGAACAUUCGCUGGCUGAUUCUGAAACUUGUCAGUGUUGCGACUCUUGGCGGCAUAUGGAUUUCUCUGGUACAUUGUACAGUUUUAAACUACUGCCUAAAGUCAUGUGUAACUAACCUGGGCCGGCAGCUUGACGUUGGCGCGCCGUACAAUCUGAGUGAACCGUGCAUCCAAGGAUGUCAUUUCUGGAACUCUGUAGAGCAGGAAAACUGUGCUUUAAAAUGUCGAGAAUCCUGCGAGGUCGGCUGCAGCAGUGCUAAAGGUGCAUUUGAGGAAGAAGUGCUAGAAAAUGCCAAUUUCCCCACUGCACCCUUUGCUUCUUCCAUUGGAAGCCACCGUGUGACCUUACGAUGGAAACCUGCCAACAUCUCUGGAGUAAAAUACAUCAUUCAGUGGAAAUAUGCACAACUUCCUGGAAGCUGGACUUAUACCGAGGCUGUGUCCAAGCUCUCAUACAUGGUGGAGCCCCUGCAUCCCUUCACUGAGUAUGUUUUCCGAGUGGUCUGGAUCUUCACAGCCCAGCUACAGCUGUAUUCUCCACCAAGUCCCAGUUACAGGACUCAUCCUUAUGGAGUUCCUGAGACUGCGCCUUCCAUUAGAAAUAUUGAGAGCUCGAGUCCAGACACCGUGGAAGUCAGUUGGGCUCCACCCCAAUUCCCAGGAGGACCUAUUUUGGGUUAUAACUUAAGGCUGAUCAGCAAAAAUCAACAAUUAGAUUCAGGGACACAGAGAACCAGUUUUCAGUUUUACUCCACUCUACCAAAUACCACCUACAGGUUUUCCAUUGCUGCUGUAAAUGAAGUUGGUGAGGGGCCGGAAGCAGAAUCUAGUAUUUCCACUUUAUCCUCAGCAGUUCAAGAAGAGGAACAGUGGCUCUUUUUAUCCAGAAAAUCUUCUGUAAGAAAGAGAUCUUUAAAACAUUUAGUAGAUGAAGCCCAUUGCCUUCAUUCAGAGGCUAUACACCAUAAUAUUACAGGAAUAUCCGUUAAUGGUCACCAGCAAGUUGUCUAUUUCUCAGAAGGGACUCUAAUAUGGAUGAAAGGGGUUGCCAACAUGUCUGAUGUGUCUGACCUGAGAAUUUUUUACAGAGGUUCAGGAUUAAUUUCUUCCAUCUCCGUAGACUGGCUUUAUCAGAAAAUGUUUUUCAUCAUGGAUGAACUGGUGUAUGUCUGUGAUUUAGGAAACUGCUCGAACGUUGAGGAAAUUACUCCUCCCUCAAUUACUGCACCUCAGAAAAUUGUGGCUGAUUCGUACAAUGGGUAUGUCUUUUAUCUCCUGAAAGACGGCAUUUAUAGGGUAGCCCUCCCCGUGCCAUCUGGUCGGGACUCAGAAGCCCUACGUAUUGUGGAGAGUUGCACGUUGAAGGACUUUGCAGUGAAGCCCCAGUCCAAACGAAUCAUUUACUUCAAUGACACCACUCGUGUCUUCAUGUCGACGUUUCUGGACGGCUCCGCUUCCCACCUUGUCCUAGCUCAUGUCUCCUUUGCUGAAGUGAAGAGCUUUGCAUGUGAAAACUACGACUUCCUUGUCACAGAUGACAAGGCCGUUUUCCAGCAGGACUCUCUCUCUUUUAAUGAGUUCAUCGUGGGAUGUGACCUGAGCCACAUAGAAGAGUUUGGAUUUGGUAACCUGGUCAUCUCUGGCUCCUAUGCUCAGCCACACCCCCUGCCGGGCUGCCCGCAACAGUUCUCCGUGCUCUUUGGCUCCCACCAGGCCCUGGUUCAGUGGAAGCCCCCUGCCCUCGCCAUAGGAGCCAGUUGCAUCCUUGUGAGUAUUAUUGUUUAACUCUUCUGAUUAGGCCCCUCUGCCUGGCAGAACUGGAUUUAUGAGGUGAAAGUAUCAACCCAAGACUUUCCUGAAAUCACUCAUGUUUUCUCGAACAUCAGUGGGACCACACUUCAUGUGCCCAAGCUGCAGAGUGCUACGAAAUACGAGGUUUCUGUGAGAGCCAGUUCUCCCAAGGGGCCAGGCCCUUGGUCAGAGCCCUCGGUGGGUACAACCCUGGUGCCAGCUUCAGAACCACCAUUUAUCAUGGCUGUGAGAGAAGAUGGUCUUUGGAGUAAACCACUGAAUAGCUUUGGCCCAGGAAAAUUCUUAUCCUCUGAUAUAGGAAAUGUAUCAGACAUGGAUUGGUAUAACAACAGCCUCUACUACAGCGACAUGAAAGGUGAUGUUUACGUGUGGCUGCUGAAUGGGACGGAUAUCUCAGAAAAUUAUCACAUAUCCAACAUUGCAGGAGCAGGGGCUUUAGCUUUUGAUUGGCUGGGUCAGUUUCUCUACUGGGCUGGAAAAACAUACGUGAUACAAAGGCAGUCUCUGUUGACAGGGCACACAGACAUUGUGACUCAUGUGAAGUUGUUGGUGAAUGACAUGGUAGUGGAUUCAGUUGGAGGUUAUCUCUAUUGGACCACACUAUACUCAGUGGAAAGCACCAGGCUAAAUGGAGAAAGUUCCCUUGUACUACAGACACAGUCUUGGAUUUCUGGGAGAAAGGUAAUUGCUCUAACUUUAGACCUUAGCGAUGGGCUCCUGUAUUGGUUGGUUCAAGACAGUCAAUGUAUUCACCUGUAUGCAGCUGUUCUUCGGGGGCAGAGCUCUGGGGAGACCAACAUCACAGAAUUUGCAGCCUGGAGUACCUCAGAAAUUUCCCAGAACACACUGAUGUACUAUAGUGGUCGGCUCUUCUGGAUCAAUGGCCUUAAGAUUAUCACAGCUCAGGAAAUAGGUCAGAGAGCCAGUGUUUCGGUUUUGGAACCAGCCCCAUUUAAUCAGUUCACAAUUAUUCAGAGUUCCCUCAAGCCUCUGCCAGGCAACUUUUCCAUUACCCCCAAGGUUAUCCCAGAUUCUGUUCAAGAGUCUUCAUUUAGGAUCGAAGGGAAUGCUUCAAGUUUCCAAAUCCUGUGGAAUGCUCCCCCAGCAGUGGACUGGGGUGUAAUUUUCUACAGUGUGGAAUUCAGUUCUCUAUCUAAGUUCCUGGCUAGUGAACAACAGCUUUCACCUGUAUUUACUGUGGAAGGUCUGGAGCCUUUUGCCUUCUUUAAUCUCUCUGUCACUCCUUAUACGUACUGGGGAAAAGGCCCCAAAACAUCUCUGUCACUUCGAGCACCAGAAACAGUUCCGUCAGCACCACAGAACCCCAGGGUAUUUGUAUUACCAAGUGGAAAAUACCAUAACCAGAAUGAAGUUGUGGUGGAAUUUCGAUGGAAUAAGCCUAAGCACGAAAACGGUGUGUUAACAAGAUUUGAAAUUUUCUAUCAAAUAUCCAACCAGACAGACACAAAUGAAACAUUCGAAGACUGGAUCGCUGUCAACACAACUCCCUCGGAGAUGUCUUUUGAGCUUGAAGGCAUGAGUCCUGGGUACACUGUUGCCUUCCAGGUUCGAGUCUUCACAUCCAAAGGACCUGGACCAUUUUCUGACAUAGUAAAGUCCAAAACAGCAGAAAUCAACCCAUUUCCAUACCUUGUAACUCUUUUUGACAGCAAGAUAGUUUUAUUAGAUAUGGAUCAAAAUCAAAUUGUAUGGACAUUUUCAACAGAAAGAGACAUCAGUAGCAUGGGCUACACAGCUGAUGACGGAAUGGGGUAUUAUGCUCAAGGAGACUCACUUUACCUUCUGAACAUGCACAACAGGUCCACUUCUGAGAUUUUCCGAGGUGUACUGGUUUUUGAUAUCACAAUUAUUACAAUUGACUGGAUUUCAAGACAUCUCUACUUUGUGCAAAAAGCAUCACAAAAUAGAAUGCAAAUAUUUGAUGUUGAUCUUGAACAUAAGGUGAAAUACCCCAGAAAGCUGAAAAUUUGCAAUAGAAAUUCAACAAUAGUCUCUUUUUCUGUGUAUCCUCUUUUAAGUCGCCUGUAUUGGACAGAAGUUUCCAAUUUUGGCUCUCAGCUGUUCUACUACAGUAUUAUCAACCAGACCUUGAAUCGCAUUCUUCCACCUAUAGCCACAAACCAUUCAAAUGGAAGGAGACAGUGUGUUUGUGGUUUUACUCAAUUUGAGUUUAGUGGAACAAUGACGAUUGAUACCUCUGACCUGAAGAAACCACAGAUAUACUUUGUCAAAGGGCAAGAGAUCUGGGCCAUGGAUCUGGAAGGAUGUCGGUGUUGGCAAGUUGUCAUGGUGCCAACUCUGCUUGCAGGAAGAACACUUGAAAGCUUAACUGUGGAUGGGGAAUUUCUUUACUGGAUCUCCUCGGCAAAGGACAGCACGCAGAUUUACCAAGCAAAGAAAAGCAAUGGGGCCAUCCUCUCUCAGGUGAAGGCCCAAAGGAGUAAGCAUAUCUUGGCUUACAGUUCAGUUUUGCAACCUUUUCCAGAUAAAGCAUUACUGCGUCUAGCUUCAGAUCUAGCAGAGCCGACUAUACUUAACACCAGUAACACCAGCCUCACAAUCAGAUUACCGCCUGCCAGGACCAACCUCUCGUGCCCAGGCAUCACCAACCCAACUCCAACAUACCUGGUUUAUUACAAAGAAGUUAACAGCAGGAAAACCAGCUCUGAGCUGAAAUAUAAAAUGCUGGAGUUUCAGGAGAGGAUAGUCCUACUUGAUGGGUUACAACCAUUUUCAACGUAUGUGAUACAGACAGCUAUAAAGAAUUAUUAUUCAGACCCUCUGGAACGGUUACCUCUGGGAAAAGAGAUUUGGGGAAAAACUAAAAGUGGAGUGCCAGAGGCAGUCAGGUUCAUUAACACAACGGUGCAGUCAGACACCAGCCUUGUCAUAUCCUGGAGAGAAUCUCAGAAGCCAAAUGGACCUCAAGAGUCAGUCCGCUAUCAGUUGGCAAUCUCACAUCUGGCUCUAAUUCCGGAGAGUCCUCUAAGACAAAGUGAAUAUCCAAAUGGAAGACUCGCUCUCCUUGUCACUAGACUGUCUGGUGGAAAACUGUAUGUGUUAAAGGUUCUGGCCUGCCAUGCUGAGGAAAUGUGGUGUGCAGAGAGUCAUCCUGUCACUGUCAAAAUGUUUGACACACCAGAGAAACCUUACGCCUUGGUUCCAGAGAACACUAGUUUGCAGUUCAAUUGGAAGGCUCCAGCUGAUGUUAACCUGACCAGAUUUUGGUUUGAACUCCAGAAGUGGAAGGACAGUGAGUUCUCCCAUGUUAAUGCUUCAUGUAUCCAAGGCCCAGAUUAUGUGUGUAACAUCACAGAUCUACAGCCUUACACGUCCUAUGCUGUCCGUGUAGUGGUGGUUUAUAGGACAGGAGAAAACAGCACCUCACUCCCAGAAAGCUUUAAGACAAAAGCUGGAGUUCCAGGUAAACCAGGUAUUCCAAAAGUAUUAGAAGGGAGCAAAGAUUCAAUACAGUGGGAAAAAGCUGAAGAUAACGGAAGCCGGCUUGUAUACUAUAUCCUUGAGAUCAGAAAGGGCAUUUCAAAUGAUUCACAGAAGCAGAAUUUAAUGUGGAAGAUGGCAUUUAAUGGAUCCUGCAGUAAUAUUUGCCUGUGGAAGACCAAAAACCUGAAAGGAACAUUUCAGUUCAGAGUAGUAGCUGCAAAUAAUCUGGGAUUUGGUGACUACAGUGGAAUCAGUGAGAAUAUUAUAUUAGUUGGAGAUGGUUUUUGGAUACCAGAAACAAGCAUUGUACUUACUAUUAUAAUUGGAAUAUUUCUGGUUGUUACAAUCCCAGUGGUCUUUGUGUGGCACAGAAAAUUAAAAAGUCAAAAAACUCCCAGAGAAGGGCUGACGGGUCUCAUAAACGAAGACAAAGAGUUGGCUGAGCUUCGCGGUCUGGCGGCUGGAGUAGGGCUGGCUAACGCCUGCUAUGCCAUACAUACUCUUCCAACCCAAGAGGAGAUUGAAAGUCUUCCUGCCUUCCCUCGGGAAAGACUGACUCUGCGCCUCCUGUUGGGAAGUGGGGCCUUUGGAGAAGUGUAUGAAGGGACGGCGGUAGACAUCUUAGGAGCUGGAAGUGGAGAAACCAAAGUAGCAGUGAAGACUUUGAAGAAGGGCUCCACAGACCAAGAGAAGAUUGAAUUCCUAAAAGAGGCACAUCUGAUGAGCAAAUUUAACCAUCCCAACAUCCUGAAGCAGCUUGGAGUUUGUCUGCUGAACGAACCCCAAUACAUUAUCCUGGAACUGAUGGAAGGAGGAGACCUUCUUACCUAUUUGCGUAAAGCCCGGAUGACAAAGUUUCAUGGUCCUUUACUCACCUUGGUUGACCUUGUAGAUCUGUGUGUAGAUAUUUCAAAAGGUUGUGUCUACUUGGAGCAGAUGCAUUUCAUUCACAGGGAUCUGGCAGCUCGGAAUUGCCUCGUGUCUGUGAAAGACUACACCAGUCCAUCACGGGUAGUGAAGAUUGGGGACUUUGGGCUCGCGAGGGACAUCUAUAAAAAUGAUUACUAUAGAAAGACAGGGGAAGGCCUACUCCCAGUUCGGUGGAUGGCUCCAGAAAGUUUGAUGGAUGGAAUCUUCACUACUCAGUCUGACGUAUGGUCUUUUGGAAUUCUGAUUUGGGAGAUUUUAACUCUUGGUCAUCAGCCUUAUCCAACGCAUUCCAACCUUGAUGUUUUAAACUAUGUGCAAACAGGAGGGAGACUGGAGCCACCGAGAAAUUGUCCUGAUGAUUUGUGGAAUUUGUUGACCCAGUGUUGGGCUCAAGAACCUGACCAAAGACCUGCUUUCCACAAAAUCCAAGACCAGCUUCAGUUAUUCAGAAAUGUUUCCUUAAAUAGUAUUUCUCAAUGCAGAGAAGAAACAGACCGCACUGGAGUCAUAAAUGAAGGCUUUGAAGAUGAAGAUGGCAGUGCAAUCUGUUUGAAUUCAGGUGAUGUGAUGUCAAUAGCCUUAAUGGAAACCAAGAACCAAGAAGGGUUAAACUAUAUGGUACUUGCUACAGGAUGUAGCCAGGGUGAAGAAAAUUCUGAGGGUCCUCUAGGCUCCGAGGAAUCUGAAUCUUGUGGUCUGAGGAAAGAAGAGAAGGAACCACAUGCGGACAAAGCUCUCUGCCAAGAAAAACAAGUGGCUUACUGCCCUCCUGGCAAGCCCGAAGGCCUGAACUAUGCCCGUCUCACUCACAGUGGAUAUAGAGCUGGGUCUGAUUAAUAGCUCUGUUUGGGAAAUGCAGAGUUGAGAUAAACCCUCCCAUUAAGCAGUUACUGAAAGAAAACUCUAGUAGGAUGAUAGAUGUGAUGGUAGUCUAUGAUCCAAAUUAACACUGGAAAGUUCCUGAAUUCCUGAAUUCUUUGGUUUGAAGAGCCAUUUGAUUUCAGUUGUGACAAUCCCCAUAACAACUGCUUAACCUUCAGCAGAAUUCCCAAGUAAACCACUAAAUGUUUGGAAAGCUUAGGAAGACCCAAGACUCUGGAAGGGAAACUGCCCCACCCCCACCCAGGCUCCUCAGUCCGUUGCCCACCCUUCAGUCUGGGCUGUGCCAGAAGCAUCUUGGUUAGAUGGUGAGAGACAAAAUAGCUAUGUACAGAAGGAACCAGAACUUAGGACAUGGAAAUCAUUUGGAAUGCUAUUACUGCAAUAA